AUGAGGGGAAUCAUACUUGCACUAGUGCUAACUUUUGCAGGUAGCCAGAAGUUUGAUAUUGACCCUGGAUUCAGUAGCAGAAAGAGCUACUUGUAUAGCUAUGAAGGCUGGGUGUUGAAUGGACUUCAAGAAAGGAGUUUAGCCAAAGUUGGCGUGCGCUUGAGCUGCAAAGUAGAGAUCAGUUGGCUGUCGGAGAACUCCUACCUCCUCAAGAUCCGCUCUCCACAAUUUGAGGAAUUCAAUGGCAUCUGGCCCAGGGACUCAUUCACUCGGUCUUCCAAAAUCACCCAGGUGGUUUCUUCAUGUCUCACCCGGCCCUUCAAGUUUGAAUACAGUAGUGGACGGGUUGGAAGCAUUUAUGGCCCAGAAGACUGCCCUGAUACGUGUAUUAACAUAGUGAGAGGAAUACUAAACAUGAUACAGAUAACCAUUAAGAAGUCGCAGAAUGUGUAUGAAUUGCAAGAGGCUGGAAUUGGAGGUGUUUGCCAUACAAGAUAUGUCAUCCAGGAAGACAGGAAGAAUAGCCGAGCCUCUGUCACCAAAACCAUAGACCAAACCAACUGCCAGGAGAAGGUGACAAAGAGUGUUGGAAUGGCUUACAUCUAUCCCUGUCCUGUUGACAUGAUGAAAGCACGGCUCGUGAAAGGGACGGCAGCGUUCUCCUACAAACUGAAGCAGUCAGACAGUGGCACCCUGAUCACAGAAGUGGUAUCACAGCAAGUCUACCAGAUCUCACCAUUCAGUGAACCUACUGGUGUUGCUGUCAUGGAAGCAAGACAACAACUCAUCUUGCUUGAAGUGAGGAGUGAGAGGGCAAGUGCCCUGGACAUUUCCCUGCAGAGCUACGGGAGCCUUCGUUACCGCUUCCCAUCAUCACUGCCACAGAUGCCACUGCAGCUCAUCAGGACAAAAAACCCUGAGCAACGGAUAGUAGAAACCCUGCAGCACAUAGUCGUGAAUAACCAACAGGAUUUCCACGACGAUGUUCCAUACAGAUUCUUGGAGCUCGUUCAGCUCUGCCGGGCAGCGAGCGCUGAUGCUCUGGAGUCCAUCUGGAGACAGUUUUCAGAUAAACCCCGCUACAGGCGAUGGCUGCUGAGCGCAGUUCCUGCGACAGGCACCACAGAAGCACUCAAAUUCAUUAAGACCAGAAUUCGCAAUGAUGACCUGAGCUACCUUCAGACUCUUCUCAGUGUUUCUUUUGCUCUCCAUUUAACGAAAGCUGAUGAAGACAGUGUUCCUAUAGCAGCAGAUUUAAUGACCAGUUCUCGAAUUCAGAAAAGUCCCAUGCUUCAGCAAGUUGCCUGCUUGGGAUACAGCUCUGUGGUCAAUAGAUACUGUUCUCAGACCUCAGUUUGUCCUAAAGAAGCUCUUCAGCCCAUCCAUGACCUGGCAGAUGAAGCAAUCAGCAGGGGCCGUGAAGAGAAAAUGAAAUUAGCUCUGAAGUGCAUUGGCAACAUGGGAGAACCAGCCAGCAUCAAGCGCGUCCUGAAGUUCCUUCCCAUAUCUUCAUCCAGUGCUUCUGAUAUCCCCAUCCACAUUCAGAUUGAUGCCAUAAUGGCCUUAAGAAAAAUAGCUUGGAAGGACUCCAAAACAGUGCAGGGAUAUCUUAUCCAGAUCCUUGCAGACCAGUCGCUUCCCCCCGAAGUGCGAAUGAUGGCUUGUGCUGUUAUCUUUGAGACAAGGCCUGCCCUUGCUUUGAUAACAACGAUAGCUAAUGUGGCAAUGAAGGAGAGCAAUUUGCAAGUGGCCAGUUUUGUGUAUUCCCACAUGAAAGCUUUGUCAAGGAGCAGAUUGCCAUACAUGUACAACAUAUCUUCAGCUUGCAAUAUUGCCCUCAAGCUGCUGGCCUCCAAACUGGACAGGCUGAGCUAUCGGUACAGCAAGGUCAUGCAUAUGGGUGCUUACUUUGAUAACUACAAAGUUGGUGCUGCUGGAGAUAUCUUUAUUAUGAACAGCCCAGGAACCAUGUUCCCAUCAGCAGUAAUUUCCAAGCUGAUGACAUAUUCUGCAGGGUCAGUGGCUGAUUUGGUGGAGGCUGGUGUCCGUGUGGAAGGCCUCACUGAUGUCAUCAUGAAACAAAAGAUCCCGUUUGCUGAAUAUCCCACAUACAAAAAGAUAAAGGAGAUUGGAAAAGCUCUGUUGGGAUGGAAGGAGCUGCCAACAGAAACCCCCUUGGUAUCAGCCUACUUGAAAAUACUUGGCCAAGAGAUGGGCUACAUCAGCAUCAAUAAGGAAGUCCUGCAUCAGGCUAUGAAGUCCGUGCUAGAGCCUGCUGACAGGAACACAGUGGUGAAGAGAAUUGCCAGCCAGAUCCGCAACGGCAUCGCAGGACAGUGGACACAGCCGGUGUGGCUGGGAGAGCUGCGACACAUCGUUCCCACCUGCACGGGUCUGCCCCUGGAGUAUGGGUCAUACACCACUGCUCUGGCCCGGGCAGCACUCCAGGUUGAUGGAAAGGUGACUCCCCCUUUAACUGGAGAUUUUAGACCUUCCCAGUUGCUUGAAUCCACCAUUCAGAUUCGGUCUGACAUAAACCCAAGCUUAUACAUACAUACAGUUGCAAGCAUGGGGGUCAACACAGAAUACUUCCAACAUGCUAUUGAAAUUCAAGGCAAGGUCCUGGCAAGAGUGCCAAUGAAGUUUGAUGCCAAGAUAGAUAUGAAACAGAAAAAUAUUAAGAUUGAAGCAAAUCCAUGCCGUGAGGAGACGGAGAUAGUGGUUGGCAGACACGAGGCUUUUGCUGUCUCAAGAAAUAUAGGAGAGCUAGGUGUUGAAAAGAGGACUUCCAUUCUCCCAGGAGAUGCUUCAUCAGAUAUUGUGGAAGAACCUUUCAAGCCAUCAGAGAGAGUUUCCAGUGAGAGUUUCACAAGGACAGGAGCUGACAGCACGCCAAGGAAACACGCCGAUAUCUCCCAGGAGGCUCUUCCCCAUGACAAAGGAAGAAAAACUCAUAAACAAGACAUUUGCACCAAACUGCCCCACCUUGGUUGCCAGCUCUGCUUUUCCGGAAAGUCCCGAGAUGCCAGUUCCCUAAAAAAUACGUAUUUGCACAGAUUAAUUGGAGAACAUGAAGCUAAAAUAGUCUUGAAGCCAGUUCAAACAGAUGCUGAUAUUGACAAAAUACAGCUGGAGAUUCAGGUGGGAUCCAAAGCAGCCUCCAAAAUAAUAGAUGUGGUAAACUCGGAGUCUGAGGAAGACAAGGAGUCAUCUCCAUAUGAGGAUAUGAAAGCUAAACUGAAGAAGAUUCUAGGCAUUGAAAAUGUGUUCAAGGUUGAAAAUAAAACACCACACCGGAAGAAGCAACCUCCUAAGAAAGCAAACAGUGUCCUAACAGAGCUUGAGACAGACCCUGAUGCAAAAAAACCUUCCAUCUCAUCUUCUGCCUCCUCAACUGUCUCAUCUGAUUCCUCAUCAUCUGCUGCUUCUUCUGAUCGUAAAAAGGCUGUGGAUGGAGAUGAGAAUGAUCAAACAAAGCAAGUAAGAAACAAAGAUGCAAGCAGCAAGAGCAGCAGCAGCAAGAGCAGCAGCAGCAGCAGUAGUAAAGAUAGCAGCAGAAGUAGUAAGAGCAGCAGUAGCAACAGCAAGAGUAGCAGUAGCAGUAGUAGUAAAGAUAGCAGUAGUAGUAGUAGGAGCAGCAGUAGCAGUAGUAGUAGUAGGAGCAGCAGUAGUAGGAGGAGGAGCAGUAGUAGCAGCAGUAGUAGUAGUAAAGAUAGCAGCAGUAGUAGCAGCAGCAGUAGCAACAGCAAGAGUAGUAGCAGCAGCAGCAGUAAAGAUAGCAGUAGUAGUAGUAGUAGUAGCAGCAGCAGCAGCAGGAAGUCAUCAAGUCACCAUAGCCAUGGGCAUCACUUAAGCCAUGUGAAUGGCAGCAGUAGCAGCAGCAGCAGCAGCAGCAAGUCAUCGAGCCACCAUAGCCAUCGGCAUCAUUCAGGACAUCUGGAAGACGGCAGCAGCAGAUAUUCCAAAAUAUGGGAAGAUCAAGAGAUUUAUCAGUUUCACUUUAAAUCAGCGCACAGACAAGAGUUCCCAAAAAGGAUACACCCAGCUGACAUACUUAGCAGUGCCUCCUCCUCUACCAGAUCCAGUCAUGCCUCAUCUCGAGCUGAUUCCCAGCCCAAGUUUUUGGGAGAUGUUAAACCACCAGUGUUAGCUGUUUUUCUUCAUGGCAUUCGUAACGAUAAGAAGACAGGAGGCCUCCAGGUCGUGGUAUAUGCUGAUACUGACUCCCUCAGGCCACGCGUGCAGGUAUUUGUAUCAAACCUCACAGACUCAAGCAAGUGGAAGCUCUGUGCUGAUGCUUCAGUCCUCAAUGCUCACAAGGCAUCGGCCUACCUGAAAUGGGGCCGGAAUUGCCAGGAUUACAAGAUUGCAACUGAGCUGGUAACAGGGCGAUUUGCUGCCCAUCCUGCUGUACAAGUGAAACUGGAGUGGCCUAAAGUUCCUUCAAGUGUCAAAUCUAUAGCAGAAUGGUUUUACAAGUUUGUCCCUGGAGCUGCGUUUAUGCUGGGGUUUUCUGAAAAAGUGGACAAGAAUCCUUCUCGACAAGCCAGAGUGAUUGUGGCUUUAACUUCUCCGAGGACAUGUGAUGUUGUUAUCAAGCUUCCUGAUAUUAUCCUCUACGAAAAAGCCAUGAGACUUCCCCUGUCACUCCCAGUAGGUCCAAGGAUACCAGCAUCAGAGCUGCAGCCUCCCAUCUGGAAUAUCUUUGCUGAAGCCCCCUCUGCAGUGCUCGAAAAUUUGAAAGCGAGCUGCUCAGUUUCCCGCAGCAAGAUCACAACCUUUAAUGAAGUUCGGUUUAAUUACACGAUACCAGCAAACUGCUACCAGAUCUUGGCUCAGGAUUGCAGCCCAGACCUCAAGUUCCUGGUGAUGAUGAGGAAUGCUGAUGAAGCUAUGAACCUCAAAACAAUCAACAUCAAGUUGGGCAGUCAUGAAAUCGAUAUGCGUCCUGUGAGCGGACAGCUGAAACUGCUGGUGGAUGGGGUUGAAAGCACCAGAGAAAAUGCUUCAUAUGUAUCUGAUGGUGCUUCCCUGUGGAUCUACAAUGAAAAGCAAGGGCUUGUACUCAUUGCUCCAACCUAUGGCAUUGACAAAUUGUACUUUGAUGGAUACACAUUCAGGAUCCAAGUUGCUUUAUGGAUGGCAGGGAAAAUGUGUGGACUGUGUGGAAGAUAUGAUGCAGAAUGUGAACAGGAAUAUCGGAUGCCCAACGGAUAUCUAGCUAAAGAUGCAGUGAGCUUUGGACAUUCUUGGAUUUUGGAAGAAAAGCUUUGCAGAGGAGCCUGCAAGCUGCACCGCUCAGUUGUGAAGCUGGAGAAGACAGUUCAGCUUGCAGGUGUGGAGUCCAAGUGCUAUUCUACAGAACCUGUCCUGCGCUGUAAGAAAGGAUGUUCUGCCACCAAGACUGUUCCAGUCACUGUUGGUUUCCACUGCCUCCCAGCUGAUUCAGUGACCAGCCUGAUGGACAAACAGACAAAGUUUGACCAGAAGUCAGAGGAUAUUCAGGACACUGUUGAUGCACACACAGCAUGCUCUUGUGAGAGCGAAGACUGCAGUGCUUGA